CCCCCGCCCGCCCGCCUGCUGUACUGCCUUGGCGGUUUCUGGUUCAGGGAUCCCGCAGUUUUAACCUGGGGCUAGUGGGCGGCGCCUCGAUCUGCCUGAAGUCACUCUCAGUGACUCUGGAACAGAGGAGGAAGUACAUUACCCGAUUGGACUGGACUCAAAACUUGCCAGCGAUCCUCACACGGGGCAAGAACAGCUUUGAUAUAAACCGAAUCAGCCUUUCUCUCGGAGGAAAAUCAAAGACACCCAGAGUGAUGUCUCGACACAAGGUUGUAUUAUAUUGGCUGUUUCUGUUGCUAGUUUGUCAUCGUGCACAAGCUGAAUUUGGUCAGGUACGCAGUUCAAAUCCUCCUCUUCUGGCAGAAGAUCCUUCUUUAACAGAAGACAGUAAUAUUCAAAUCCAUCACAACAGACUGAAAAGAAAUGUUAUUCAACAACGUGAAUAUGAACUGGACAUUGAGGUAAACAUAACAGAAAAUUUAAGUGAUGAUGGCCUGAAGUUAUUACUGAAAAGUGCAGUCUAUCCAAUAUCAGUCCCUUUUGAAAAUGGAACAUUAAAUAUUACUAAUGUCAACAUUACAACAGUUUGUCGGAAUGUGAACAAUGAAACUCAGUGCACAUGCGAGGGUGGAUUUAUUUGGAACUCAACGUUCUGUAGUAAAUACCAGUCUUGCAAUGGGAGUAUCACAGAGGGCCAGACCUGUGACUGCAUCAGGAGUGAACCAACCGAAGGGAUGUUCUGCAUGCCCGAAUCUAUAAUGACAACCCCUACAACAAGCACCAUGUCCACAACUACACUAAGAACUACAACUCCCACAACAACAUCAAUGACACCCACAACAACGCCAACAACGCCAACAACACCCACAACAAUGACACCAAAAAUAACUUUGCCACCUGAUUUAGAACGACAGAGAUAUGCAUUCAGAGUUGUCGGACUACCGUUUACAAAGGAACUAAGCAAUUCUUCUUCAUUAAUGUUUAAAAAUCGCUCAGAUCAAUUUAAGACACUGCUGGAAGUCAGCUUCCAAAGUGUGCGUCCUGAUGCUAUCGUGAAUAUUCUAGGUUUCACAAAUGGGAGUGUAAUUAUACUGUUUGAAGUAAUCACCAAUGCAUCUUUAACUUCUGAGGAAUUCGCCGCCAGUAGCGAACAAUUGCAAAACAGGCUUCCUGCAGAUUAUAAAAUUGAGUCUUUACCUUCUGAUGAAAUACCAUGUACGGAUCAAACGUUUGGCACAACAAAUUUUAAUAUCAUCGCAGAAAUCCCAUGUGAAGACAUGCCAGGUGUCAAGAAAAGAAGAUGUGGAAGGAAUGGAGUAUAUGAAGAAGUAUUAGAUUUCUGUAUAUCAGAGGAAAUCAAUAAUAUUCUUGAGGCAGUAAACACUACUGAUUUGGAAAACAAUUUUUCCAGUCUUCUUGAACAGUUGUCCAGUGUGACAGAUGAGGUCACAGUGAACACGCCUGGCAAUGUCCAAGCUGUGGUUGAAAUUAUGAGACAAAUUUCAAAUGUAAAUAGCACUGUUAAUGAAACAGAUAUGAGGGUAAGAACCAUCAUCUACCAGAAACAAUCACAAGCCUACAUUUCUGAAUUGUAUCUGUUUAAUGUGAAAGAGAAGGUUAACAAGGUGAAAGUUAAUUUCUUGCAAACAGUGAGCAGAAUGAUCUCUUCUUCAUCAAAGGAUACAUGGGAAAUUCUCUCAGACUCAAGUGAAAAUAUUCGCAACCCUAGUUUUCGAUUACUAAAGUCAGUGGAAAAUUUUAACACUCGUUUCAAUAUGCAGAAUAAUAGUUUAGAUAUCAAAGAAGAGAAUCUUAUGUUCAAAGCUCGUAGAAAUGUCCAUCAAGAUAAUAAAACAUCUAUUAAUUUAAACUUUGAUAAUAUUUCCACUGCAGAAUAUGACAAUUUAAGUGCAACUCUAUUCAUUUCACCUGAAAAACCUAAUGAGGCACCAAAUGUCACAGUUAUCAGUAUUGCAUAUCCAACCUGGAUUGAUAUUUUACCCAAUACCACAACUUUUGAUGGAAAUUUUUUGAUUAAUAGUCUCGUCCUGACAGUAGUAAUAAACAUUAAGGAACCUAUUAACGUGAAGAUGACCUUCUCACUAAGAAAUCGCACACUAGAUUUCAACACUGCAGUGUGUGGCUUUUGGGAUUUUACAGGCAGGGGUGCAUGGAAUGAUACUGGCUGUAAGUCUGAAAUCAACGAAGAAAAUAUAACAUGUCACUGUGACCAUUUCACAUCCUUUUCAAUUUUAAUGUCCCCUGAUACCAAAGACAGCCCUGCUUUGAAUUAUAUCACCAGUAUCGGAGUUGCCAUCUCAAUCGGAAGUUUACUAAUCACUAUUAUUAUAGAAGCCAUAGUGUGGAAGCAUGUGACCAAAAAUAAAACCUCAUACAUUCGCCAUGUUGGAAUUCUGAAUAUUGCAGUAAAUCUGCUGGUCGCUGACGUAUGGUUCAUUGUGGCUUCAGCUGUAGAACCAGGAACACGGGCUUGCACAGCUGCUACUUUCUUCACUCAUUUUUUCUAUCUUGCCUUAUUCUUCUGGAUGUUAACCCUGGGCCUGCUGCUUGUCUAUCGUUUACUAUUCCCUUUCCAUGAUCUCAGCAGAUCAGUUAUGAUGGGAAUAUCAUUUGCCGUUGGUUACCUGCCUCCAUUGAUAAUCUCGAUCAUCACAAUCGGAGUUACCUUUCCAAGAAAAAGUUACACCAGAGAAGGUGCCUGCUGGCUCGGCUGGGAGACCGAAUACCCUCUGCUUGCAUUUGUUAUACCUGCAUUGGUUAUAAUCGCAAUCAAUGUCAUCAUUUUGUUUAUAGUCAUUUUUAAGUUGCUGCGACCAACAAUUGGGGAUGGAUCCAGAGCCAAUAAUCAGGAGAGAGAUGCAUUCAAACAGAUUGUGAGAAGCAUUGCUGUGCUAACCCCAAUCCUUGGACUCACCUGGGCAUUUGGAAUACCAACCUUUCAAAAAGAUUCCCCUGUUGCUUUCCAUUAUAUAUUUACAAUUCUCAAUGCUUUUCAGGGAUUCUUCAUUUUAGUCUUUGGAACAUUCAUGGACAAUAAGGUACGUGAAGCCUUGCUGAAGAAGUUUUCAUUGAGAGGAUUUUCUUCAAGAUCAAAGACUAGUCAGAAUGUUUCUACUGCAAAGUCUUCCUCAAAACCUCAUCCUCGAUUUCAUGCUAAAAGGCAAAGUUACAAUUUAACGGAGCAACUUCACUCAAGUGAUAACAACCCAUCUCUUAGCUAUUCAAGUCUGAAUUAACUGCUGGAAGUCAAUACAUCAAAUUGAACAUAUUUCGAUGCAGGAGGAAAAAUUAAAAUGCAUUUACAUCCCUAGAAAACUUUUUAGAAAUAAUUCAAAAAUAAAAUAUUGCUUAUUUGAAGAAUGUAUGAAAUUAAAAUGUGUAAAACUAUGUGCACUGGGACAUGAACAAUGAUUAUUUUAAUUGCAAUCAGAAAUAUCUUCUUUGUGUCUUGGGGAAAUAGUUCUUAUCAACAAAAAUAAACAUAAGAGCAAGUGUGGCACAGUGCUGCCUCACAGUGCCAGGGACCUGGGUUUGAUUCCAGCCUUGGGUGUUUUUCUGUGUGGAGUUUGCA